GAGAGAUGGAUCAGAGGGCCAUCCAGCAGGAGUUUAAGGAUCAGUUCAACGAUGUGGUUUCCAGACUGCAGUCCAAGCAGUUCUUCCAGUCUGACUGGGACAUUGCUUCUUUUGCAAUCUUUUUCAUCUUCAUUGGUAUGGUGCUGCUGCUGGUCAUCCUGGUUCUCAUCCGCUGCUGCUGCUGCUGCUGCUGCGAUGAUGACAAGCCUCGAAGACGGAAGGUUGGCAUAGAGAACAUGGCUCUGGAGCCCUGACAGCUGACCUGCACUGAUCAAGUAUUGUGAAGGUGACUGAGGAAUGUAGAAGCAGAGCCUCACAGUUUGACUGCUGUGCCAAAACAUGCUUUGAUUUGAAUGAAUUAGUUGUUCACAAGCCCUUUGCUACCCAGAUUAUGGAAAUCUAACACACGUGAUCUUGUUGACUGUCACUGCUAUGUGGGUUUUAUUGCUAGGAUACCACAGAGGAGAUGGAAAGUCUCUGCUGUCUGUGUUUUCAUGCCUCUGUAGAAUACAACUUCCUCUCACUGUCUUUGUCAGAAGGAUGUUAAUGUUUUAAUUAGAAGGUUUUAUGUAGUAAUAAAAAAUAUAAAAGUGAUAAAAAUGUAAA